GUCCGCGGCGGUUCCGGUGCCCGGUGCAUCCGUGCCAUGGCUGCCCAGCCCCAGCUUGGGCCGCGGAAGCGGAGCGGCCCGGUGCUGUGCGGGGAGGGCUGGGCCGGAGCCGCCCCUCCGGCCAUGGCGGGCUUUGGCGGGGCCCUGGAGAACGGCUUCCCGCCGUACAAGCGCCCCAAGAGCGCGGGGCCGGCGGGGCGCCACGAGGGGCCGGGAGAUCUCUUCGGAGACAGUGACGACUUUACGGCGGACGACCUGGAGGAGAUCGACAUCUUGGCUUCUCAGGCGCUGUCCCAGGAGGCCGCCACCGGACCCCCGAAACACGCGUGGGGCGGCUUCGGACCGAACGGCGCCGAGCGGCGGGUGGCGGCGGGGCUGCCCCGGAACGGAGCUCCCGCAGCGGGGAGGAAGCUGCCAGCAGGAAGCAGUACAGAAGAUAGCCUGGUGAGAGAUGCCUUCCAGUUCGAAGUCCUGCAAACGCAGCAUGAAGAAAUUAAACAGAAGCUGAAAGAAAUGCAGGAUGAAAUUCUUACUAAAAAUGGAGAAAUUAAAAUUUUGCGUGACUCGAUGCAGCAGAUGGAGUAUGCUAUGGAGGAACAGAAAAGAUCAUACAUGCUAUUGGAACAGCAAAAAUCUCAGAUCUUAAGUGAAAAAGAAAAAGAGUUCUCCAAAAAGUUGCUGUCAUUACAGUCAGAGCUGCAGUUCAAAGAUGCAGAAAUGAGUGAAUUAAGAACACAACUUCAGAAGUGUGAAAGAAAUAAGCAUGUUAUUCAGACAGUUUUAACACCAAGCCCUAAAAAGAACUUUGCAAUACAAGCAAUACCAGAAGGAUGUUCUGUGCAGCCUGGAAAAAGAUCUUUUCCUACAAAGGCAUCCUUCAGUGCUGAAAUGUCCCCUAGACCAUCGUGUUCUUCAGGAAAUCUGAUUGCCCCAAGUACUUUGAUCAAGGAAGAUAGUAAGAUAAUCCAUCCUGAAGUAUUACCCCUGAAGUAUGAAGCUAUUGGAAAAAAUGGUUCCUACAACUCUGUACCUAAACGAAACACACAAGGUUCUAUCUUACUAAAUGCACUGAUGAAACAGCCCAUUGUCCCUGGGUCAUUACUAGGACUCUGCCAUCUCCUUAGCAGUAACUCUGAGCCUCUACCUGGAGCUGCAUUGCAGCUCAACUAUUUGGAUACGAAGUCCACACACCUACCCAGCAGCAGGACAACUCAAGAAGAAAUUGCUGGUCGUGGAUCCUUGCAAGAAGCUCAAAACCUUGCUGUAACAGGAUUGAACUUGAUUGCUAUGGAUGGAGGAUUAUCUGAAGGAGGCCAAACAGAAAGCCAGACAGAGUUGCAUGUCACACACUGCAAGAUCCGAGGUGCUGUGCACCUCUUGCCCUUGGUAGAACACCAUAUUGGUGCAUACUGUCAAGCAGUACAACUGGCAGACAAGCCAGUAAAUGGUUCUUGUGGAAACCAUUCAGCUGCUUCUUCCAGAGCCAACACAAAUAUGGUGUCAAGUAAGGAGGACUUCAGGUUGCCUCUUGAAGAAACUACAGUUAUAUCACUGGGUAUUCUUUAUUAUUUGGCAUUGUAUAGCUGGGAUGUAGUCCACUUGUUGCUAUCUACUGAAGCGGAAGAAAGUGCUGCUGCUGGAGAUGAACAGGUUUCCAAGAUGGACAAAAAGGUGUUGCAUGAUAACCAGUGUGAUGAUAAAGAAGAUACCAGGACACAAGGAGGGCUGCCUGUAGCUCCACAGGAUGCUCCCAAUAAUGAUCAACCUCAACAUUCCUUAUUUAAAAAGCUGCUUCAGGUUUUAGCUUUUUCUGCUGCAAAAGGCUCCCAGACUGACAGGAUACUGAAGCAAAGCCUAAAGGUUUUGGUGAAAUUAGCUGAAAAUGCAACAAUGGACUUGCUAAUAAUUUUUCAGCAGUUACUGAGUAGCCAGAUACUGCUCCAUUGUCUGUGUCCAGAGACCCCUUUGCCUGCUGUCCUUUUGACCGUGAGACUGUUGUCUAUUCUUGCUCAACACCAUACACUGAUUGUUCAACUUUGUUCUCAUUCAGACACCUGCCUUCUUCUUGCCCUGUACAUGUAUAUUACAUCAAGACCAGAUAAAUCAGCAUCUGAAAUGCUUUGGCUUCAGCUGGAACAAGAGACAGUGAGACUCCUGACAAGGUUUAUGCGGAGUUCCAGUCCAGCAGUUUUAUUACCUGGUACAGAGUGCCAGUGUAAUCUUGAGGUGGUUAAGGCACUAAUUAUAAUGUUACACAGACAGUGGAUGAAGAUUAGAAGAUCUGAGAACAGCUUGUGUACACAUAAGGAACAAAUUAUUCAGUUUUUACGGGAUGCUCUUUUACUCUUGCACAGCCUAUCUCAGAAAGAUAAACUGUUUCAUGAACACUGUUUGGAAGUUCUCCAUCAAUAUGACCAAGCCAUGCCGGGCAUAAGAGCAAUUCUCAGAAAGACUCAAAAGUUGAGUGCUUGUGAAGAGCUGAUUUUGGAUGAAUUGUAUCCUCCUGAGCCAGAAGCAGAAGAGCAAGGAAUGGAUUCCAGAUAGCUAACAUCUAGCAAAGAUCUCUGUCCUUCCUCAUCUAAAUCAUAAUCAUUGCUACUGUAAAUCUGAAAAUCCAGUCAUCUGUUUUAUUAAGAGAUAAUCUAAAGGCUGCACUCAAAUGCAGCACAACUAAGGCAUUUCUUCGUUGUGAUUAUUUAAGUGCCAUCUAAACCUAGCUGAAUGCUCUAAGAAUUAUACUGCAAUGUACUGUUUUGCUGUACAAACCCACUCAGUGGCUUAUGACCAGUUCUAUUUAUGAAAGUAUUUUGAACACAUUUGUUUAUUUGUAGCUGUAGCACUUUCUUGCUUGACUUCCAGGUUUUUCAUGUUGAUAUUAGUAAACAGUUUACUGUGAUUUUAAAAA